CAAAAAUGUAUGUUUAGUUCUCCAAAGAUGUGCGUGGCCUGGUACAGAACACAAUAGGGGACCCUUAUGGAAUAAAACCAACGCAUAUACAUGGCUUCGAAUUCGUGUGCAAGAAAUUAGUACUGGGCGUGGUAUUUUAUCUAUUGCUGAAGGGAUGUGUUCUCCUUGCAAUGAAUGCAUGGCAAGACGGGAUGUACUUCGUACUGUCUGAGAGCGCUUCAACAUAUUGCCAGCAAUUCCAUACUACAGUGCAUUAACCAGAAGUCACUUAUGUAUGGACCAGUGUCUUGCAGGCGUAUGAGCAAUGGAACCCUAUUGAAACAGUGUUUAUGAAAUUAUCGAAGACUUCUCGAGGUCUUCUAUGUGAUAUGUCUCCAAAUGACCCCUCUGACGUCACACACUAGUGGUGAACGUGACAGACCGGAAUCGGGAACAUGUAUAUAUACGCCGGGUCGCCGGGAAAUACACAGUGACGGGUGGAGGUGUCGCUGACAGCAGACGGCCGGGCUAAGGAACGGGUUCUUACUGGGAUUUACUUCUUUGAAUACAGAUUGGAAUGUUUCCCAAUUAAGGUAUUUAUGGAAUUGUUUAACCUUGGAAUACUCAACCUUCCCGUGUCGGUGCUGCUUCGAUCACACAUACACAGUUCGCUCUGUCAUACUUCAACAGUGUUUACAUUCGUUUCUUAACUGAAUAGAUCACACGUAUACUAGCUACUAUGAAGAAGUAUUACUAUGACAAGUUAUUAAGUUACUUUGGUGAGGUAGCGGUGGAACACAGUUUAUACACGUAUUGUUCACCCCAGUAACAUGUACCAAUGAGCGUGCAGUCAUCAUCCCCUGUAGCGUGUACACAUGAGCAGGAAGCAGUCGAGAGUGAGUUUUAUUUACCCCGCAAUUUUUCUUACUCUGAAGACAGCUACCUGGAUUCCUAUAGUGUGAGCGGAAACUUUGUGUGGAAUCCGAGCCGAGAAAUCAACCUUUGUAAUAAUGAGAUAUUUAUGGAUGUCAUUCAUUCAAAACCGAUGGAUUUAGCGACUGAAUGUGAUUGCACACCGCCGGUAAAAACCGGUGUGUGUUGUUCUCCGGCAGUGGUAGCAGACGACAGUACAGCUGAUCAAAAUGGCCGGGAAAGGACUUGUUCAAAUGAUUCGAGUGAGGAGGGAAUAUAUGUAAAUAGCAUGGAUGAUUUAGAUUCAGUUACUAGUUCAAACGGACGGUCUACAGCAAGCGACGAAUUCUUCGUGGAUUCGAUCAAUAGUCCAGAGGAGAAUAACCUUGAGGAGUCAUCGGAAGGUCAUGGGGCCUCGAUUGGGGAAGCUGUAAGUACAGUUAUGAAUUCUUUUGCUAUUGAUGUGCCUGUUUUAAAAGAAAAAGUGGGAAAAAAUGUGAAAUCUGAUUUACAACCAGCAAGUUCUCUUCCCACUCUAAGACUGAACGUGAAUGAUAGGCCUUUUAUCGAUAACGAUAUAAGAAAAGGAUCGUCUCAGGGGUCGCUAUUCGAUUACCUGGCUGCUUCAGACAGCCCAGAUGAUGAAGAAGAUGAAUUCAGUUUUAACAGAGCAACUUUAAGAAAAUCUUCCUCCCUGAAAACAAACAAAACACCUCCAGGAACUCCUAGACGUAAGAAAAUGGUGAGAUUUGCUGAUGCAAUGGGUUUGGAUUUAGAGGAUGUACGGCAUGUUCUGAAUGCCGACGCUCCUCCGAGAAUACCCCCUUCCGCUAUGAAAGACUUACAAGCUGGGUUGGAAGUGGAUCGGAAAAAUAUUGGUCACAGAUAUUUGACGGUUUGUUUUCAACAGCCAGGUGCUUGCGAGGAUUUCUUAAAAAGAGUUUUGACGAGGAAAAUUUGUCUCGAGAAUGCUGUUGUCACAAAUUUGACGAUAACUGGAAUUAUUCGAGUGGCGAAUUUGGGAUUUCACAAAUUUUGCCGUGUGAGAUACACCACAAAUGGAUGGGUAACUUUCCAUGAUAUUGCUGCUUCUUACGUGAAAAAUUCCUGUGACGGACCGACGGACCGAUUCUCCUUCAGUAUUGUGGCUCCUGCGGAUUUCGGAUUACACGCUCGACUGGAGUUCGCGCUGUCGUACCGUGUGAACGACGCCGAGUAUUGGGACAACAAUCAGGACUUGAAUUACGUGUUCGAGUGCUUCGCCAAGACAACUCCGACGGAAGCUGAAGAUUCUUGGGAGUGCCAGGAAAAGGGUGACUAGAGCAAAGCUCAGCGUCUCCAAUCCUGCAUGCACUCGCUUACUCCCGUUACGUUGUUAAUUAAGUAUUAAUUAUAAUGCCUAUGGGACAAUGUUCGCUUAAUUUGCCUUUUUGAAAUUGAUUGAGAUAUAAAGUUUGUCGCGGAGAAUUUAUCGCUUUCCAUCCUUUAUUGCUCUUCGGUAAUAAAGUUGUGCAUUUAUCACCCUCUGUUGUUAUAAAGUAACAUGCACGAAUAUCCAAACUCAUUUAUUCUCCCUUAUACUUAAAAGCUUGCAUACGUAUGAACGACGUUGCAGUGUCAUGGUUUGGUCCCUUAGUUCCGGAGUGUAUUAGAAGUUGAAGACCUUCUUUUAUAUAUUUAAUGUUAAUAGAGGAUAUAUACAACUCCAGUCCUUGGUAUCUCCCUUUGUUCCAAAGCAUAUUUGCAUUGUAUAUUAGACGUUACAGUUAUCGGUUAUCUCCCAUUGUUCCGAUAUUUAACGUUACGGCAUCUCGUUUAUCCCUGAUCGUUCCAAAGUAUAUUUGACGUUACGGCAUACCUGUUAUCUCCCCGUUAAAACAUCUUUGUUAUCUCCAAUUGUCAAUCUGUUAGAUGUUUAAGUUAUUUCUCUAUAUUCCAGAGUAUAUUAAACGUUUUAUCCUUUUCCUGCUGUUUCUGUUCUGUUAUAGAUUCAAAUCAAAUGUGCAUUUUCGAGGAAAACAAUAUAGUGAGGGUAGACAAAUAGUCUCAAAUGUGAAGUUGUGUAAAUCUUAUGUCACGAAUUACAUGCUCGCUAGAGCGUUUGUUGCAUUUAACAAAACGUUAUAUAAAAAAGAAUACCUAUCAGCUGUGGUGCACUAACAUAUCAUUUGACUCCCACUGUUGUUAAACGGAAAGCUUGUUUACUCAUUAUGCAAGGCAUGUCCUCGUGAACUGUUAACGUAAGGCUUCCAAUCCAUUGGCACGUUUUCACCUUAAUUUGAACUUUCCGAUGAAGAAGUCAUGCUUCACCACAGCAUGAUUUUGCAGUCAGCUAACUGUUCUGAAUUGUAAUUAUUUUUCCUUCGAAAUCCAUGAGUUUCUCCAAAAUUUGUUCACGGCAUUCACAGCUGUACCCGUAUUCAGCAAUGACACGUAUUGUCUCUGUUGUCACAGUGUAUAGACAUUGGUUGAAUUAAUCAUUGGAGUUUUUGUAUAUUUUUUAUGUUUAAAUGUAUAUACGUUUCUUCGGUGUCUGGAUGUGUUCACCAGCUCCAGUUAAGAAAUCUCUAAGGUGUGUGCUUGGCAGUUAUACGUAACAGCUUUAACAUGCAACUGCAAUACUAUAGUGGGCUAUAUUACAAUGACUGAUUUUUUGAAGCAGGACAGAAAAUUAUAAUGAGAAAAAAAUAGGUGAUAAUUAUCCAAUUCCUUAUAAACUGAAACAUUGCAAAUUUCUCUCACUAUUUAGUAAAGUGAAGUAACAUGAGAAUUCACGACCAGUUAUAAGCAAUAACCUUCGAAAUGUUUUGAUUCUCCCCAAUCUUUAAUGUCAGUUAUCAAUCCAAAAAUUAUUAUUCAGAUCUUUUAUCACGUGAUGAUCGUUUAUUGUUUCUCUGCAUCAGUGCUUUGUUGAUUACAUAACGGUGUUGCAGACGACCGUUUAAAACAACUUGAUGUUAUAGCUUUAAUUUUCUGGAUCAUAAUGGCCACCUUCUAAUUUACGGACCGUCGUAGGCGUUUCAUCACACACUUGCCGAGCACUUGCGAUCCAUUGUCUGAAUCCAGCAGAUAGUCCCGAAAACGUUUACUAUGCCAAAAUGUACCAGUAACUGCACUUACAUCACUAGAAAACCUACAUCGGCCUCACGUAUUGUUGCCUAGAUCGACUUGCACGUUUAAGAUAAUGUACGUUAGCCCAUAGUAAAUUCAGAUGCUCAAUAUAUCAGAAUGAUACUUAUUUUGCUACGGUACUUAACGGGGGAAAAAUCAGACAGAAUUGCAAUAACUAAUACCUUCAAACCUUUUGGCGCAGUGUAUAUACUUCAGAUGUACACAUUGACUGUCUAGACGCAAAAUAGAUGACGAAAUCAAACUUUAAAUAAUAGCCGUAUUGGCCUUUCUUUAUUUCACAAUAUGUAUUAUAUGAGAAGAAGUCAUUAUACAAAGUCAAUGGCCGAUUUUUUCCCCGACUUGGCAUUAUUCCAAGCAAGCUUAGCGAUUUUCAUUCAGUUGUGUACGAGUACACAUGCUUUUGCAUACAAGCAAUCGACGCCACUCCACUUUCAGAUUAAUAGUUGUUUGUAUUUAUUCAAAUAUUGUUGAAUAUAGACUCUGUCUUGUUUACCUCGCGGAGCUAGAAAGUUGCGAAAUGGUGGUGUUAAUAAAUGUGUCGUGGGUUCACUUUUAUUGGUUUCGAGUUUAGUUGUCCAUCCAUGAAAUGGAUAACCUUAAACAUGUGUCGUGUACAACCUGAGGAUAUUAAAACACGCCAGUUACAGUGACAUUUAAACCCCGAUCAUCAUCUCAGCGUCUCAAUGUUAGCGAUUUAACAGUUUUAGUGUUCUCGAUAUCCAGGCAUUUUUUACUGAUUAAGUUAAACACAUUCAACCAAACUGUAUGAAGGCUGUUUUCAUUAACCUUUAAAUUGUUUCGUAUAAUUUAGUUUUAAAUACUCAUUAAACCAAUGUCCCACUACAACAAAUUACUUCACUGACCGUUGCACAUACUUUUAUAAUUGGGUACUGUAACAAUAUACGCUGUUAAUACAUUUUUUCGCUUUGCGACAACAUGCUACUGAGAUAGAAGGAUAAAAAUAUACUAUUUAUCGAUAUUUGAUAUUAAUGCUUUGCCGGGUUAAAAAACAACACAUUUAAAUUACUUCGUGGUCCCAGUUUUCCGAUAUUAAUGGUUAAUUAUACUCAUAAUACUUUUUAAUCUGUGAUUAGAAUGUGUUGGAACCUAGACAUGUGACUGUACGGAUAGUUUUAUGAAGAAUAAUUUAAGGCUGUAAGCAUUGACCGGUCAUGAGCUGCCCAUUAUUAGCAGGUACAUAAAAUAAGAUGGGUCAUAUAGUGAGUGACCGCUUAUUAUAUGAACGAGAAGCUGAGGCUCACACUAAUUAUGAGUGACAGGUAUGCUAAUACUGUACUUGACUCUUGAAUUGUACUUUCGUACACUACAUUGGCGUGUCUACAAAACGUUUUGGAACAGAUUCCAUAUAAGAACCAGAGGAUUUCCAAAUGAGAACUUUCUUUUCAAAAGCAUGCGGUUUUGAAGGAAAACUAAGUUCAACGAAACACGAGAUCCGCCACUGUAAUGUAUACAUAGUUGUAGUGUGAUGGCUGAAUAUAAAUGAUGCUGCUGUCACAAUGUUAACUCGUGCAUGUGCAAAUGUUUGUGAGGUGUGAACUAUGCAAGGUUUUUGAUGUUUGAUAUCAUAGGUUAAAUUGUAACCCCAGAUUGCAUCAAUUAUACCUAAAUAGUUAUUACUGCAUCGUUUGCGUUGGAUAUAAUUGGUGGACCACAACGGGCCCUGAUACAUGUAUACACUAUACACGUGUAUACGGUUACAAUAUGACAAUACUUUGUAAAUGGCAUUACACUCUGGCUGAUGAUACGUAAAUGGUCAAGUUGUUGGAAGACGUAAUGAUACAAAUUGUUCAGAUAUUUAUAUAAAUUAGAUUUUUAACGAUCCGAGCUAAUCAGUCUUUGAUCAACUCGUCCAAAUAAUUCCAAUUUGGCCCGAGCAGAAGGUGAGGGCAAUAUUUUGAUAUAGCUCUUAAAAAACCUGGUUAACAGAAGGUUAUACAGGUUACAGUUCAUUGUUAAAA